GUUGUCAUCAUCAUUAUCAUCAUCAUUAUCAUGAUUCAUCUUCAUGUGUGUAUGUGUAUUAGUGCAUGGCAGAUACAACCUAGUUUCUCCAAAUAAUUUCUACGUGUAAUACCAUGUAAUACGAUCCAUUGACCUAAUGUGGUAGUGACUAAUUUAUUUUUUUUUUCUUCAUACUGCAAUUAUAAAAAUAACAAAAAAAAAUUAUUACUUGAUAUAUUUAAUAUUUUGAUUUUUAAAAAGACAAAUUAUUGACAAGUAAAAUGCAAAAUCCAAAUGAAGAUACUGAAUGGAAUGAUAUUCUCAGGGCAAAAGGAAUUAUUCCACAAAAAGAAAAAGAAAUAACAGAAGAUCAAAUUGUUGAUCUUUUAGAAAAUGCAAUUGACAAAAAAACUGGACGUGAAACAACUAAUUUGGAGGAUAAAAGUCUUGAUGAGCUUGAUGAACUUGAAGAUGAUGAGGAUGAAAUUGUACUUUUAGAAUAUCGUAAAAAAAGAAUUGCAGAAAUGCAAGCACUUGCUUGUAAAUCGAAAUAUGGUGAAGUAAGAGAUAUAUCUGCUCAAGAUUAUGUACAAGAAGUUAAUAAUGCUGGUGAAGAUAUUUGGGUGAUUCUUCAUCUAUACAAACAAGGAAUACCAUUGUGUGCAUUGAUCAAUCAACAUUUGGCAGUACUUGCUAAAAAAUUUCCAACAACAAAAUUUUUAAAAAGUGUCUCUAAUACAUGUAUACCAAAUUGGCCAGAUAAAAAUUUACCUACAUUAUUUAUUUAUCAUAAUGGAACAAUGACUAAACAAAUUAUUGGACCAAUUGAACUUCGAGGCAUGAAAUUAACUGAAGCUGAACUUGAAUGGAUGCUUGGUCAAGCUGAAGCAAUACCAACAAAAAUCAAGGAUGAUCCAAAACCAAAAGUACGAGAUGUUUUAUUUUCAAAUUUAAAAAUAUCCAACAAUAAUAAAGAUGAUGAUUUAUCAGACAACGAUGACUGGUGAUCUUAUCCAGUCUUAAUUAAAAUAUAAAAAAAAAAAUUCAACUAACCAAAAUUUAUUAUGGAAACUUGCAUUUUUUUAAUAAGCCUUUUUAUUAACAAUAAUCUUAAUUUUUUUUUUUCGAAAUUAAGUAAAUAAAAAUAAACAAUAUUUGACAGUUGUA